AUGGACAAAUGCACCGACAUGCAGUUUGAGAGGUCCCAGGCAAGUAGAGCAGGACUGAGCAGGCGAGGAGAAGGACAAGAACAAGCUGCUCAGCACGCAGGCAUGUCACAAGCCCUGCUCAAAGUAGAUAAAGUCCUUGUUCAAAAUUAG